AUGUCGAAUCCUGGCCAGGCAGAGAGGCAGCAGAGGCUGGUCAAAGCCAUCGGUCAGAUCACGAACAAGCCCGCGCCCCCCGAGAUCGACUUUACCAUCCACACCACCGACGACGGCACCCAGGUCAGCACCCAGGAGCGUGUCAUCAAGGACGUUCAGGCACCCGCCUUCCAGAAACCCACCGACGAGCAAUUCUUCAGCCAGAAGGAUCCCUCCAAACCCGACAUCGCCUUCCUCAAGAACCACUUCUACCGCGAGGGCCGUCUCACAGAUGACCAGGCACGCUUCAUCCUCACAAGAGCCACCGAGAUCCUUCGGCAGGAGCCCAACCUGCUCGAGGUGGACGCGCCCAUCACCGUCUGCGGCGACAUUCACGGCCAGUACUACGAUCUCAUGAAGCUCUUUGAAGUCGGUGGCAACCCCGCAGACACCCGCUACCUCUUCCUCGGCGACUACGUCGACCGCGGCUACUUCUCCAUCGAGUGCGUCCUCUACCUAUGGGCGCUCAAGAUCUGGUACCCCGACACCCUCUUCCUCCUUCGCGGCAACCACGAGUGCCGCCAUCUCACCGACUACUUCACCUUCAAGCUCGAAUGCAAGCACAAGUACUCCGAGGAGAUCUACGACCUCUGCAUGGAGUCCUUCUGCACCCUCCCUCUCGCCGCCGUCAUGAACAAGCAGUUCCUCUGCAUCCACGGCGGCCUCUCACCCGAGCUCCAGACCCUUGACGACCUCCGCAGCAUCGACCGUUUCCGCGAACCUCCCACCCACGGCAUCAUGUGCGACAUCCUCUGGGCCGACCCGCUCGAGGACUUCGGCUCGGAAAAGACAAACGAGAGCUUCAUCCACAAUCACGUCCGAGGCUGCUCCUACUUCUUCACCUACAACGCCGCAUGCCAGUUCCUCGAACGCAAUCAGCUCCUUUCCAUCAUCCGAGCCCACGAGGCUCAGGACGCAGGAUACCGCAUGUACCGCAAAACAAAGACAACCGGAUUCCCUUCCGUCAUGACCAUCUUCUCCGCACCCAACUACCUCGACGUCUACAACAACAAGGCCGCCGUGCUCAAGUACGAGAACAACGUCAUGAACAUCCGCCAGUUCAACUGCACCCCCCACCCCUAUUGGCUCCCCAACUUCAUGGACGUCUUCACUUGGAGUCUCCCCUUCGUCGGCGAAAAGAUCACCGACAUGCUCAUCGCCAUCCUCAACGUCUGCAGCAAGGAAGAGCUUGAAGAAGAGGAGGAGGAGGAUGAAAUCCCCAUCACUCCCACCUCGACCGCCGAGGAGGAGACGGCCGAACGCAGGACCAUCAUCAAGAACAAGAUCCUCGCCGUCGGCCGCAUGUCGCGCGUCUUUGCGCUCUUGCGAGAGGAGGCCGAACGCGUCUCCGAGCUCAAGUCGUCGCAAACCAGCGCCAAGCUCCCCUACGGCACUCUCGUCCUCGGCUCCGAGGGCAUCAAGGACGCCAUCGCCAACUUCGACGAUGCCCGCAAGGUCGACAUUGAGAACGAGCGUCUGCCGCCCGACCUCAUCGAUGCCGAUGAGGCUGGUCCAGCAUCGCCUGCCGACGGCGCGCGCGUGUCUUCGCCUGCAUUCGAGGACAUCACCUCGCCAGGCAGCCCGGCAUCGCCAGCUACGCCCAGCUCGCCCAUUGCCGGCGCACACCGCCGCGGCCACUCGAGGACAAGCAGUCUGGGUACCACCAUGUCCAGUCCUUCCAACCGUCGCCGCUCGCUAGAGUCGACGGUCAGCAUGAUCCGCGAGGCGCUCGAGGGCACCGACACUGCCGACGACAGACAACUCGAAAAGCUCGCCAACGACAUCACCUCGCCCGUCUCGCCCAAAGGCGCCGCUGACACGGCAGCGCGACAGCGCUCCCGCGAGGUCAAGUGA